AUGGGAUCCUCGAAGGCUAACCCACUGCUUGGCUCGACUCCACAACUUGACAACGCCGGUCGGUCCGUCGGUCGUCGACGAGCGCCAAAGCUGACCCAACAAAUGAAAUCAUUGUCUUUGGAUUGUCAAGACAUGCCUCCACGAAUCAACCAGAGCACACGGAGCCCAAUGAGAUCAAAACUCGCUCCACGUGACUAUCGAAAGCCAGGAAUCAACGGAUCGUCCGAUUUUUCAGAUGUCGAGAGAUCGUGCUCUCCAAUUGUGAAGAGCAGACGAAGCAGCUCAUCAGCUUUGCAUGCUGGUGGCCAUAUUGUGAUCCAUGAAUACACACCAUCCAACGGAUCACCAUUGGUUCUCGGAGAGAAAGUCCACGUGGUAGACAAUGGAGAUCCGGACUGGCUUCAUGGUUUCCGUCUCAGUGAUAGAACUGAGCACAUGAUCACGUUCCCGGCCACAUGCGUGGCUCAAAUUAUGGCUGGUGAGCAAGCGAUGCGAAUUCAGCAAAAUGUAUUCGUAGCUGAGCAAAAAUUGCGGAUGUACAGGGAUCAGAUCGUCUUCGUUCAACCAGAUAGCCUGGUGGAAGGAAAAGUGACUGUCCGAACGGAGCACAAUGCCCUUGCCUCCUGCCCACUCAGCUACCUUGCUAUGAUCUAA